CGCGUUGUUGUUGUUGGAGCGGCGGGUUGGAGAGGGUUCCCAAAUGGCGGCGGUGGGGGAGAGCGAGAAGCGGGUAACGGAGGAUGUCCCCGAGUACGACCGGCGGAAGGAGAGGAUGAUGGAGACGCUGCAGCGCCGGGACCAGGAGCGGCAGCAGGGCGUGGAGCGGAGGAAGCUGGCCAAGGACGUGGCGGCGGUGAAGGAGGAGAAGUCCAACUUCUUCAGCGCGGCCUUCUCGGAGGAGAGGUCGGCGAUCGAGGCGCUGCUGGCGGGCUGCGGGGGCGCCGACAGCGCGGAGCUCGCCGCCCGCUUCCAGGAGAUCGCCCAGAAGCUGCAGCGGCUGCAGAAGUUCGUCAACGACAGCAUGCUGUUCCUGUCGGCCUACGAGCUGCGCCAGGCGCAGGCCGCCCUGCAGAGGCUGCAGGCGGCGGCGGCCGAGAAGCGGCAGCACUGCCUGCCCAAGAAGAAGUUCGCCUUCAAAUCGCGCAGGAAAGAAAACGCCGGCCCCAAGGAGACCAAACCCGCCUCCCCGCCCGACCGGAGAGCCGGCCAGCCCGGGCUGAUCGAGCAAAACCUCUGCGGCUUCUCGGACGCCGACUCGCAGCUGCUGGUCCGCUCGGCAGACGAGAUCAGCGGCAAGGACGUGCUGCUGACCAGGCUGUCCAACUGCGUGGUGAAGCUCCUCGGCUCGCCCAACACCCUGCACAUCAACAAUGUCACCAAUUCCAAGGUGUUGUGCGGGCCUGUCUCCACCUCGGUGUUUAUUGACCAAUCUGCCGGCUGCACUUUCGCCUUCGCCUGCCAGCAACUGCGAACCCACAGCACUAAGGAUGCCAAGGUGUAUCUGCAUGUGACCAGCAGAGCCAUGGUGGAAGAUUGCACUGGAGUUUCUUUUGCACCGUUUAACUGGACGUAUGAAGGCAUCGAGAGAGAUUUUGAACAGGCAGGGUUAGACAGAGCAAAAAACAACUGGAACGUUAUUGACGAUUUUAACUGGCUUGCGUCUGAUCCUUCCCCUAACUGGAGUAUUUUGCCUGAGGAUUCUCGAAUAACUGAUUGGGAUGAAAUCUUAGCUCCUUGACUGUGCCUAAGAUUUAUGUUCCGAACCCACAGUCUGCAAUCCCAUAGUGUAAUGCUACGAUUUAAGAAGUUGAUAUGAGGAAAUGUCAAAGGUGUAAGUAGAAAAAUAGCAGUUUUGAUUUUUCACAGAUUGACCUUUGCACAGAAGCCGCUAGAUGUUGUAUAGACCUUCUGGAGAGGAUAUGAACAAGUGGAACAAUUUUUCAUGUUAUUUGAACUGGCCUUGAACAUGAGUGAAUAUUCCCAUCAGCAAGGUGCUAUGUGGAUUAAGCCUUGCUUGAGAAUAAUAAAAAAAUUGCAAAAUGUAUUGUCUGUUUUGAAAAUAACCAUUUGCCUUGAUUGUUAAUUAAA